CAGGGGUCAGAGGUGCUGAAGAAGCUCGACGGUCUGGUCAGUCUCCUGCAGGGCGGCGACGGCCACUACAGCUCCGCGGCCGACGCGGAUGAGAAGUUGGCCAAGCUGGAGGACCUCUUCUCGACGGACCACUGGAAGCUGAAGGCGCUCCUCGUCAUGGCCUUCACCCCUCAGUUCCUGGUCGGGGGCACGAAGGUGAGGCCCGAGGAGCCGAUCGCCCAGCCGGAGCAGUGGGACCCGAAGAGCUGGAAGAAGAAGCAGAAGCCGCAGAAGCCGGCCAAGAAGGAGAAGACCAAGCUCGAGCUCCUCCUGGAUGAGAUUGUGGAGCAGAAGCUAGCCCCAGACAGAACCGUGGCGUGCAUGCUGGAGGUGCCCAAAGGCCGAGGGAUUCACCGUCAAGACCGCGACCGUGCGCACGUGCAGGUAACUAGGAUGCCCAAGAGAUCAAAAUCCAGGGUGACGCUCCGAUGUCGAGUCUCGAGGCCUCUUCACAGCUUUCACGAGGAGGGUCCGUUGGUGACAGUUGGCUCGCGAAGUGAUCUUCUCAUCCAUCUGAUCUUGAGCACACAACUGGCCGCCGAGGCGAUGCAAUUUUUCUGUGGCGGGGAAGGAUAAGGAGACAGAACAGCAGGAUGAAAAGGAGUCCAUGAGCCCAGCGCGACCCCAACUAGGGCCCUGACUAUUUUGAGGAGAUGCGUUGAGGGAAGCUUGGUGCAAGCUGCAGUCGAAACCGAUGGUAAGGAUGGGUCGACACCUUCCCAAGGGAUUCCUUGCGUCCGUGC